UUGGACUACUGCAAGCGGAACUCGUGCGGAAAAAAGUGCCAAAAAGUACCAGGAAAUAUGAAAUGCUCAUUUUCGUAAUUGACAUUUAGGGUGAUUAUGCAUUUAUGUGUCGCAUUCGACUUUAAAAGCAUUAUUGUUAUAAUCUAGGGGCGUGGUUUCGAAGCAGAGCACCUCCCCUCAUACGUGGCAAAUGGCCUCCUGCCACAUCCCAUAAUGCCAGCUCACAAGUUUCUAAGAAACAAAGCGCCCUUGUUUGACAAACUAUGCCUAACUAAUUAUCACGUCUGUCUGUUUUGGGAUUGAGUUCAGAGACAAAAAAAUAAUCUUGUUUUUUUCCAUUCAAUGAUGUGUAAUCUGGAAAAACAAUGUCACAAAAGCUCCUACAAAAAGGAAAAGGUAACAAAUAGCACAAAACGCUGGCAGUUCUACCUCUGUGGUCCACUAGAGGGCGCCAAAUUAAUGUCUACGUAUACUACAGACACUUGGUUUUUCUUCAAUCAAAGAGCGAUCCAAUCCAUGGACUUUUAUGGGAAACGGAGCCUUUAUGGCGAUAACAUUUGUUAAUACAACACACAAGUCUUAAAAUGAGCAUUUGCAAAGACCUUGCUUGAGACGUACACUUAAUGACGAGUCCCACUUUAGUGACAAAUUCACAAACAUUCCAUGAGGGCAUUCUUUUUUUUUUUUCUUCAAGUAAACUAGCUUUCGAGGGACAACUGUAUUGCAUUUGGACCGAAAUGGAACAGAAAAGGCACGAUUCCUUCAAAGUGAUUAUUUCCGAGCGUCCCCUGAAUGCACCACGACUGCACGCCCAGUCCGGGUGACAGCAGACGCCGCCCGCCGCCAUCCAGGUGCUCACCUCGGGGAGAGCGUCUCUCCGGGCCCGCCCUGUCUUCGGAGCUCCUACCUGGAUGAGGAAGAGUACCAGCACCGUGCUAUGCUUUGUCUGCGAGGACCGCCAACUCAGGCCCCGAACCCCCUCCCCGGAAAAAUGAAGCGGCAACACGGUCCAAAAAUGAGGACGGCCGCAUUUUGAGUCGCCCGUGUCGUGUCCACCCGAAGCCGGCCAGCGAAGCAGCCACCCGGGGGGCAAGGCUACCAGACUUCGCGGCGCCAUGGCGGGGCUCAUCAAGAAGCAAAUCUUGAAGCAUCUCUCCAGGUCAGCGAGGCACACUCACAACCGGGGGAGGGGGGCUCGGGUGGCGGAUUCAGCCGUCAUCCAGAAGCCGCUCGAGGGUUAACCACCUGCAAGGUCCGACGGAAAGACGCUGUUGUUCGUCACUGUGGCUCCGGGCGGCGUGUCUGCCCUCGCAGCCGCCGCGUGGCGACUGUCAAGUGGCCUUUUCCCCUCCACUGACCCGCUGAGCUCACGGAGCUAGCCGGGCUAAGCUAACAAGCUAGCGGGGCUAAUCCCUCCCUCGCCAGGCUAAAUGGCAGGUUCAACCGGUCGCCCUUCAGAGUCUGAUUUAUUCAAAUUACAAUCUCAGUCGUGCCUUCAACGUCACAUACUCUCCUAAAUAUUAUACUUUUAUAUUAUUGAAUAUCAACUGUGGAGCAACACAAACGUGUUUCAACGUGUCAUUCCAUAACAGCGAGUAUCUUUUGUUUUCACCCCAUUAAACUUGCCAUGUCAUCUCAUUGCACCCCUUGAUAACCAUAUUCCGCUUCAGAGGUGUUGUUUAAAAUUCUAAAUGUGUAUAAUUUGCUCACUCCAUGUUUUUAUUUUUCAUUUUUAUUUUUUUAAAACUAGCUAUAAGGUGGCUGCAUUAUUUAUUCCUUUCCAGGGUUUCCUCCAGGGACUCUUCAAUGGCUGAGCUCCUGUGACGUCACCCAUUGUUAUUCCCACCAUCCACCUGCUGGCAAUUUUAUCAGCCUCUUUUCUUCAUUUAUGCAAAUCAGCCAUUCAGAAGUUUGUCGAAGUCGAGUCGUUGUGGUUGCGGGUGUCGACUGGGGUGCAAACGUACGUGCGAGACUUCACCGAGGCAGCAGAUGUGGUUCGCCAAGAACCUGUCGCCCGACAAGAUCAACCUGAGCACGCUGAAGGGCGAGGGCCAGCUCACCAACCUGGAGCUGGACGAGGAGGUGCUCCAGAGCCUGCUGGAUCUUCCCACCUGGCUGGCCAUCAACCGCGUGUGCUGCAACAAGGCUGCCAUUCGCAUCCCGUGGACCAAGUUGAAGACUCACCCAAUUUCUCUGACACUGGAUAAAGUGGAAAUGGAAAUGAGCACCUGCGAUGAACCCCGCCCCCCCAACGGCCCCUCCCCCAUAGCCACCGCCUCCGGCCAGAGCGAGUACGGCUUCGCGGAGAAGGUGGUGGAGGGCAUGUCGCUGUCCAUCAACUCCAUCGUGAUCCGCAUCAGCGCCAAGGCCUUCAACGCGUCCUUCGAGCUCUCGCAGCUGCAGGUGUACAGCGUCAACACCACCUGGUGCGUCAGCAACCUGCGCUUCACGCGCAUACAGGACCCGCAACGGGGAGAGCUCCUGACGUUCAAGGAGAUCAGCUGGCAGAUGAUCCGCAUCGAGGCCGACGCCAUCCAGAGCGCCGAGCACGACAUGCUGAGCGCACCCAUUCGCCUCAUCACCAACCAGUCCAAAAUUCGAGUCACGCUCAAGCGACGCAUGAAGGACUGCAACGUGGUGGCCUCCAAGCUGGUUCUGAUCCUGGACGACCUUCUGUGGGUGCUGACCGACUCGCAGCUCAAAGCCAUGGUGCAGUACGCCAAGUCGCUCAGCGAGGCCAUGGAGAAGUCGGCGCAGCAGAGGAAGAGCUUGGCCACCGAGGAGCAGGUGUCGUCCGGGGCGCCCUCGGCCCAGCAGGCGCGCACGCAGCAGACGUCGACGGCCGCCGAGCAGAGCGCCACCAUGGCCGAGCUGUUCAGCGACUACGACGUGUGCGAGACCUCGCACCACCUGCAGAUCACGCACCUGGACCUGCACAUCUGCGACGACAUCCACGGCGCCGACAAAGCGAACAACAAGAGGAUCUCCGGUGGAGCCAUGCAGUUGUCCUUCAGCUCCAUCACGCUGGACUACUACCCGUUCCACAGAGCCGGUGACAGCUGCAGCCACUGGAUGCACUACAGCGAGGCCACCAAAAAGCGAGAGGACUGGGCGCGCGGCCUCCUGGACGAGUUCAAGUCCAACGUGGAGAUGCUGAAGAACGUGGUGCGAGGCCAGCAGGGCGCGGCUCCUGCGCACAGCUCACCUGGGAAGAUCAACACGUCGUCCACCUCGUCCUUCAGCCCUCUGCCUGAGAGUCACAAGACGCAGCUCAUGUCCAGCUCCGUGGUCCUCAGGGUGGCCGACUUCAGCAUCUACCAGGUGUCCACGGCGGACCAGCGUCGCUCCAGUCCCAAGACCAUGAUCUCCUGCAACAAGAAGUCCUUGUACCUUCCUCCAGAGAUGCCGGCCAUCCACGUCGAGUUCACCGAGUACUAUUUCCCAGACGGAAAAGACUAUCCCGUCCCGUGUCCCAAUCUGUACGCGCAGCUGAACGCCCUGCAGCUGGUCCUGGAUCCCCGCAGCCUGGUGUGGAUCAACCUGUUCGCUCUGGACCUGCGGCAGAGUCUGGAGCAGUUCAUGGAGAUCUACAAGCUCAACGACUCGCAGAAGCCCGACGAGCACGUGGACAUCAAGGUGGACGGCCUCAUGCUGAAGCUGGUGAUCCCGGCCGAUCGGGACCCCUCCUGCCCGCCCGACCUUCCUCGCUCCGUCUCGGUGCAGACGUCCGAGAUGGUGGCCACCAACACCCGGCACCCGGCCAACUGCACCCGCGCCCACCUGGAGGCCCUCCUGCACGCCUUCCAGGAGGAGCCCUUCUUCUCGCCCUCCUUCGUCUCCUUUCCUCGCUCCUCGUCCUCGCUGCCGCUCCUCCACCCCGUUUUCCACUCCCACGCCCACGAGCAGGACACUCGGCUGCACGACAUCUACCGGGGCCUGGUGGUGCCCGCCAUGAGGGCCGACGCCCUCAAAAUGCCGGCAGCCGCUGACUUUUGGGCGCUGCACUUUGCACAAUUUUGGGUGGACUACGAGGGAAAAGGGCGGCCGCAGCCCUUCGUGGACUCUUUCCCCCUCACCGUGUGGGCCUGCCAGCCCGCCAAGCUCCUCCAGCACCAGGAGAAGCUGAGAGGAACGUCCCAGAGCUCCUCAGCAGAGUCCGCCGGGCGCCUGCAAAGGAAGCGGCUGCUGAAGGAGUUCUACAGCGCCGACAGCGCGCCCGCGCCGUCCCACAAUCCGUCGAACGGACUCCAUAAACCGCAAUCGUUAGACAGUUUGCCUUCUUCUCCUUCGACGUCUUCCAGCAAAGAUGCUGAUGUCCACAUGCUGGUGCAUGUUCAAAAGCAUCUAAGCGCUCAGGUGAGCCACCAGCAGUACGUGUUCCUGAUGCGUCUGCAGCGCAGCAUCAAGGCCCUGCAGCAGACCUUGCAGCAGGACCUGGAGGAGAUGGGAGGGCUGCGCAAGGCUCCGGCUCAGCGCCCCGCCGACCACCGGCCCUUCGCCGUCUGCCUGGGCCUCCUGCUCAAGAGCGCCGAGGUCUCCCUCCUCCUCAAGCCCGUCGCCCAGCCGGAAGGCUCCGGAUCUCCUCUCGGUUCUGAGCUGUCCCCUUCGGAAAGCAGAGGAACCAUGGAGCCGGGCGCCGAGGGAGAAGGUAAAGGGAGCUCCAGCGUGGAUCAAAUGUUGUGUGGAGACGUCGCCGACGCAAAAGCGCCACGGGGGCCCGACCCGCUCGUGCCCACCGCCGCUGUGGCGUCAAAUCACAAGCCCUCACUGGAGGAGAGGACUCCUUCUGCUAAGAAUGCCGGGAGGUGGAAUUCCGAUGAAGGUGGGGAGAUGGUGGCCGAGGUUUUCGCCGGCGAGGACGAAAGCGGGUUGCAAAAAGCGACAGGUGAGCCGCUUUGUGAGGACAAAGCUGCGGCCGCCAAGAUGCCCCAGUCCACAUCCAGGAAAGGAAGUUUGUCUGUCGUUUCCGAUCUCCUCAGCUCCUCAUCUACCAGCAGAUCCACCUCCCUUUAUUCCAUGUCCAACAUCGGGCGUCUGAUGCGCGACCGCUCGCAGUCCACUUUCUCGGUGUCCUACAAGAACAUGAAGAAGAGUCCGUCGCUGCAGUCGCUGGACAACGUAUCCAUUGACAGCUACCUGCUGGAGGACGGCGACGCCUACAGCCUGCUGGAAAGAGAUGACAUGUCCGUCUCAGGAUUCAAGGCCACCAACGAGAGCUCGGCGGAGGCCGCCGCCGCCGCGCCCGGCCCGGAGCAGGAAGGAGGCGUGUCCCCUGACACCGUCAGCGCCGCGUCGCAGAGCAUCGACGAACCCUCCAAGGACAUCGUGUCGGUGCUGGUGCUGAAGGUCCACUCGGUGUGCGUGGGCGUGGAGGCGGUGGGCGAGAGCACCGCCGUGGCUCUGGAGGUGGACAAAGUCACGCCCGUGCAGCUGGGCAACGUCAGCCUGCGGCAGUACCUCAGCAGCCGCAGCCUGGGCGGGGGCGAGGUGCGCUCACCGGCCACGGGGGCCCCCCGCCGCCACCCGGAGCUGCACGCCCGGCUGGAGAGCGGGCCGCACGCCGCCGCCCGCUCGCCGCUGGCCGAGCGUAACGGCUUCCUGCAGCUGCAUCUGCACGGCUACCGGGCCGGCCUGCUCGUGUCCACGCUGCGCAACCUGGCCCACUUCCUGGAGGAAGACACGACGCCGCGGGUGUUGCCCAUGGAGAUCAGCGUACGGGACACGCACAUACACUUGAAGGACGACGGGCAACGCGAAACCCCGUCCGACUCUGAGCCCAUCACGCUGCACGUGGACAGCCUGGUCGUCCACCGACGGGACGACGGCGCCUUCUCCGUCGGAGGUCAGACGCCCGCGCGUGACGCUGACACAACCCGCGGUUACGUAACCCCGCUUGUGUUUCCUCCCCCCGCAGCGGACGCCCAGGCGAAACGCUCGUCGUCGACGGACGGCGCCUCGAGUCCCGUCGCCGAGACCGCCCCCGCCGCCCCCUCGACCCACGAACAAAUGCUGAUGGAGGAGAACGAAUGCCUGAAAGUGGAGCUGUCCCGGGCCAAAAUGGCGCUGGCCGAGGUUCAGAUGGAGAGGGACUCGCUGCUGCACCAAAUCAACAGCCUCAAGGUCAACACCAGCUAGCCGCUCGCCACGUGGACGUUUUCUUUCCCAACGUCACGAUUCCUCCAUGAAGCAAUGCAGAGACUUUUUUGUUGUUUUUUUUUUUUUUUUAACACAAAUGAAGUGUGCGUGUGUUGUGAUGUGGACUUAAAACGGUCGAAUCAAAUCUUCGUGAAUGUUACUGAGGAAUGUCGCCAGGAAAAGAUCAAUUUUGCACAUCAUGCUCUUAUUUGUGUGUGUUUUUUUUGGUCAUUUUAGAAUGUGGGAGCUCUUUUGUACACGGGUCAGAGCGGUUCCACAGUGUUGAAUGUGCGCACAUCUGUGAGAACUAGCAUUUCAUUCCCCAGAUGGGUUUUUAUGGGUUGGGCCGCUUCCCACCUAUUUUUCUAGGACAAAAUGUACAGCGCAUACGCGCAGCGUCGCUUCAAUGCUCUUUGUGCGUCUUUCUGCGCUUCAUUGAAAUGUACAAAAGGCAGGAUUAUUAUCACGUCAUAAUUUGUCUGUUGAAGCUGCUGACAUGCUGAUUAAAAAAAAAAAAGAGCGAGAA